GUGACCACACCUCCGAGCGAGUGUUUGCACAUGACUCAGCAGGACCCAGGCAACCCUGCUGAUGUGGAGGAAGCGAACAGGACAGGUCUGAGCACCCCAGUUCAUUAACAUACAAUGCUAAGGAGAACGGUCGAGGAACAGAAGGCCUCUCUCGUGGAGUCCAGGCCGGUUUUUCCAGCCCCAGCGUGGCAGCCACCUCCCCCAGGAGGGGGGGGGGGACCACUCAGCCUCCUCUGGACUGAGAUCUCUGUCCAAAGAGCUCUCCCGUCACACAGGAGGCAUGGAGACGCUCUCCAGUACCCGCCGCUGACCAGCACAAGGCGGCCCUUCGAACCCGGGACACGCAAGAGGGGCGCUUCAUGGACUGAGGAUGUUUUCUCCGCGCUGGACUAGUCCAGAGAGCCUGCCGGACAUGGGGCGCUGGACGGUGCGCUCAACUUUCUGUGGGACAGCCCUGCUGAGCCUGACGGUCAUCUGCUGGGGAACUGCUUUCGCGGAGAUGCAGGGAAAGUGCCAUUCUUCCCCGUGCCGGAACGGAGGAACGUGCGAGAGCCAGGGGUUGGACUAUGUCUGCCACUGUCCCUCUGGUUACCAGGGGAGGGACUGCGGGACCCCGAACCCCUACUGCGUGGACGAGCCCUGCCUCAAUAACGGCACCUGCUACGCCAACGGAGGCGGCUACUCCUGUGCGUGCCUCCCGGGCUUCCAGGGGCCCCGGUGCGAGGAGGACCUGGACGAGUGUGUGUCACAGCCGUGUCGCAACGGUGCCAUCUGUGUGGAUGACGCGGGCGCCUACCGCUGCUUCUGCGUGCCGGGCUUCCAGGGCUACAACUGCGAAAUCGAUAUUGACGAGUGUGCGUCGCGGCCCUGUGAGAACAACGGCACCUGCGUCAACGGGAAGGACCGCUAUGUGUGCGAAUGCAUGCUGGGAUAUACCGGGGAAAACUGCGAGGUGGAAAUAGAUGAGUGCGAAUCCCAGCCCUGCCAGAACGGGGCCACCUGCCACGACCUGGUGGGCCGGCACACCUGCGACUGCCUCCCGGGGUUCGAGGGUCUCGGCUGCGAGGUGAACAUUGACGAGUGCGCCAGCCAGCCCUGCCUCAACGGGGGCACCUGCAACGACUUGGUGGACAGCUACGACUGCAACUGCAGGGACACUGGAUUCACCGGCCUGACCUGCGGGGAGGAAAUCCUGGAGUGCAAUUCGAACCCCUGCCAGAAUAACGCCACCUGUCAGGAGGAGAUCAACCGCUACACCUGCAUUUGCUGGAACGGGUUCGAGGGCGAGCACUGCGAGGUCGACGUGGACGAGUGCGCGGCGCGGCCCUGCAGGAACGGCGGCAGGUGCCUGCAGAAGUCGGACGUCUCCGCCUACGGAGACCCCACGGAUUUCAACUAUGCGAACGCGGCCGGUUACCUGUGCGUCUGCCCACCUGGAUUCACAGGGGAAACGUGUUCGGAGGAUGUGGACGACUGCAAGUACCUGCCCUGUCGGAAUGGGGGCACCUGCAAGGACCAGACCAAUGCGUACCAGUGCCUGUGCCUACCUGGCUUCACAGGUGUGGACUGCGAGGUGAAUAUCGACGAAUGCCAGAGCGAGCCUUGCCAAAACGGCGCCCGGUGCGAGGAUUCCGUCUCUGGGUACAAGUGCCGCUGCCCUGAGGCUGGACCCGGGGAGGUGCCAUGGGGCGGCGACCACUGUGAAGUUCCCCUGAUAGGCUGCCGUGACCACCUGUGUGAGAACGGCGCCACCUGUGCGCCCUUGCUGGUGGAGGGCCAACACAGUUACAUCUGCCACUGUUCGCCGGGUUUCCACGGCAGCCACUGCAGCCAUGCCACAACGUUCUCAUUCUCCCGCCAGAGCUUCGUCCCCCUUCCGGCACUCAGACCCGACAGGCUGCCAGAGGUCCAUCUGCGCUUUCGCACCACGCUGCCCGACGGGGUCCUGUUCUACAGAGGAGACGGGGACAGCUACCUGACCCUGGAGGUCACAGGGGGGCGUCUCCGUGCUGCGGUUGCCAUUGGUAACGCAGAGAUUUACCUGUCGCUCCCUGGCCUGGUGCACGACAGCGGGUGGCGUGACGUUCACCUGGUGCUGAACGGAAGCCUCCGGCUGGAACUGAGAUCACCAGGCUGCGGUGUCACCAGCUGCUGGGCGGAGAACGGUAGUGCCACGCUCCACCACCUCCGUGUUCCCGCCUCCUUCUCAGAAGCCUUCGUGGGGGGCACAGAGCUGGGAUACCUGGGCAACACGGCGAGUCAGGUGGGGUUUGUGGGCUGCGUGCAGGACCUGGCUAUCGACUCCGUGCCGGUACUCCCGCAGUACUUCCCUGAGGGGUCCGGGGUUCAAAUGGGCUGCAGCAAGACCGACUGGUGCCAUUCGGAGCCGUGCUCCAACCGUGGUCGCUGCGUCGACCGGUGGACCAGCUUCUACUGCGACUGCCGGAGGCCCUUCUACGGUGACCGCUGUGAGAAAGAGCACCCAUCCUGGACGUUUGGUCACGAGGACACGGUGAGCUACGCGUCCUACGACAUUGGCGGGAUUCCGGGAGCGCGCUUCGCGGUCUCGUUCCUCCUGCGCUCGCGGAAGAGGGACGGCUUGCUGCUUCAGCUGAGGCGAAAGGGGGCGCCGUACUUCACCAUCUACCUGCAGGCCAGUGAGGUGCACAUUCGGGGCCCCUCUCAUGAUCAAACCCUGGCCUCAAUAUUAGUCGCAACCGGAGAGUGGUGUCUGCUGAUCAUGGAAGCUCGCAAUGGCUCCAUAGCAUUCCGGGAAGGGGAGAGGUCGGAAAGGUCGUUCACGUUCCUGGGAGUGGCGGCGGAGGCAGGAGAUGUGGCGUUUGUUGGCGGCCUGCCGGAGGGAGAGGACACGGAGCCCUGGGGGGGUCACUUCAAGGGCUGCCUGCAGGACUUGCGUCUGUUCGGCGAACAUCUGAAGGUGCUGAACAUCACAGCGGGAGCGCGUGACCUCGAAAGUGCGGACCAGGUCUGCUCUCUCAAAGAAGCGCGCAACGUGCAGUUGGGCUGCAACAGCGACGACUCCUGCCGGCCACAGACCAAUGGGGUGGAGCUGUGCAAGAAUGGAGGCAGGUGCCGAGUGACCUGGAACGACUUCACCUGCGACUGUCCCUCCAACUUCACGGGCCGCAGGUGCGAGAGACGCGUGUGGUGCGCGAGCGACCCUUGUGCUGCAGGAAGCCGCUGCAAGGACCUCCCUGAUGGAUACGAGUGCCUCAGCAACGCAACUUUCGAGAAUGAUGGCCUACAGUACAAAGCCAACGGCUCCCUGGUUGACCCAGUGACCAGGAUCAGCAUGGAGCUUCGAACCCGGGAGGAGAACGGAGUGAUACUGCGUGCCUUCAGCGGGGCGGAAUUCUUCUGCGUGGGCCUCCUCAACUCUUCCUUGUUGGUGAAGAUCCGCACUGGGAACAACGUGGAGGCCCUGGCCUUCACCAGCAUGCAGCCGCUGUCGGACGGUGACUGGCAUCAAGUACGGGUCGCCAUGGCCGACCCGCAGCAGGGCUCCUCCCGCUGGAUGAUGGCGGUGGACGGGGAGCGGAGCGGCAUUAGCCUGGCCGCCGCCGGGGACCUCAGCUUCCUCAACGAGUCAACGGUGUACCUGGCGGAGAACUUCACGGGCUGCCUGGGAGAGGUGAGGGUGGGUGAGGUCUACCUGCCCUUCUUGAGCGACGGCGCCCCGCAGUCGGCCCGGUUCGUCCGGCAGGGCGCGGAGGAGGUCCGUCUGGGAUGCACGGGUUCCCCUGUGUGCCGCCCGAACCCAUGCCUCAACAACGGCACGUGUGAGGACCUCUUCGACCUCUUUGGCUGCGUCUGCGCCCCCGGCUGGGAGGGUCCGCGAUGCCAGGAUGACGUGGACGAAUGUGCCUCCGCACCCUGCGUCCGUGGGACCUGCACAGACCUCUUGGCGGACUUUGAGUGCAAGUGUCCCCGUGGUUACGGGGGAAAGGCCUGCGAAGAUGACCUGGAUGACUGCCGGGGGCACAGUUGCAUGAACGGGGGAAGCUGUGUGGACGGAGUGGACAGCUACACCUGUGCCUGUCCUCCCAACUUCACAGGACUGCUCUGCCAGUGGAUCUUCCCGUCACCGCGCUGUGAGCAUGACGUGCAGUGUGAGAAUGGUGCCACCUGCACAGAAGCCAUCUGGGGAGCCAACUGCACCUGCGCACCUGGAUUCACGGGUGACAGGUGUGAAGUGGAGGUGGACGAGUGCGAGUCGAACCCCUGCCAGCAUGGCGGCUCCUGCGUCGACCGACUCGACGGGUUCCAGUGUGUGUGCAUGCCGGGAUUUGCCGGCAGCCACUGUGAGAACAGCAAACAAGAGCAGAAAGAAGGGCUCCCCCUGCUGGUCGUCGCCGUCCCGGUGGCCUGCUGCUGUAUACUGCUGGCUGCCGUCGGCCUGGCCGUGAUGGCGCUGACGGCACGGAGGAAGCGUCAGUCGGAGGGCACCUACAGUCCGAGUCAGCAGGAGGUGGCAGGAGCACGCUUGGAGAUGGACAGUGUGCUCAAAGUCCCCCCAGAGGAGCGGCUCAUCUGAGCUCCGCCCCCUCCGUGAGGGUGGGUGCAUAGGGGGGAGGAGUGUCUGAGGAACUAAAAGGACUCCACUGAAGUGGUUGGCAGGAUCUUCCUCCUAGGUGUUCAUAUGGCUGGAGAAACACCUGAGGAGUUACAGGGAGGCACAAACGUGAGACUUGUCAGCUGUGGCAUCGGCCCCCCCCUACCCCCCCGGAGUUGCUGGGAACAGAGGUGCACGGGGGAGGGUAAGCGAGUGACUGGCGAAUCCCAGGCCUCCCCCAAACUGGCAUCUUCGCAGGAAGUCCGCGUCAGCCUGGUUCCCUGGCACAGGCGAGCACUGCGUCCCGUUUGACCCCGUGGCUCUAGGAAACAGCCGUCUCCAGCAGAACUAUAGUUGACACGCUAACCGGCUAACCAUUAGCUUAGCGCUCGCUUCGCUGAUUGGCCGCUCGUUCCCUUUGCCUGGUGAACACGACUCCCAUGGUGGGGGUCUCUGUUUCAUCUCUCCAUCUGUGAAGCGAAACGGAACGGCGUAGCUGUCGAAAAGCAAAAAAAAAAAAAACACCGCCUGCAUCACUUCUCGACAUUUCCUCAGAUUUUCUAACGCUUGGGUUUGGCUGUGACUCGUCCUUCGCCCGGUCGAGGAUGUGCGCCCUGGUCUCCGUCUGCUGUUGACCAUAUCACUGUAUAGCCGCUCCUAUCUGAUUUGCCAUCCAGUGUCCAAUCAUCUGACAGGGUUGAAAGUGGUCAUCUUUCAGGGACACCCCAUUUCUCCAUUUGGGGGUGCUGUUAUUAACGAAACAUCCCUUUGUGCAGUUUUCACAAUUGGUCCACCUUCCAGUCUUGGCUAGCCACCACCUAACUCCACACCCAUUUCUGACCAGUUCAUGAGUAAAUAAAUGAAUAAAUAAAUAAAAACCUCCUCUCAGGAGACUGAGAGCAUAGCUCUGGCCAGGCAGCCAAUCACAAGCCAUGCCCACCCAGCUCAUUAGCAUUGCUGCUCGGGGGCAGUGGACACGAGAGUCCUGGCUACGGUUGAUCAGAACGCUGUGGAGAGACAAUCACGUCAGCUUUAUUGUAACUGUUUCAUAAACAUUGCUUGUUUUUGUCUUAGUUUUUAUAAAAAGUUGUGAAUUAUCCUUAUUUUUUAGCUGUCUACUGCACACGAUAACUUUGAAGGUACUGACACUGGAGUGUUUUUUAUUAAACCAUGUAAACCUCUUGUUAAUUCAUGCAUACUGGUGACUCUGUAAUGCAGCUUCCAAAGCAAACAAAGCUACAGUGUGCAGCCAGUGUGUGUCGUGACAACACUGUUUAGGCACCAA